AUGAAGUCUACCUCCUGCUGCCUUCUCAUCUUUAUCCCUCUCCAGCUGAUGAACCCAGGGAGCACUCAGUGUUCCUUAGACUCCAUUGUGGAUAUAAAGAGUUCAAUCCUUUUAUCCCAACAAAGAUCUCACAUACCAGUAUCAGCAGCUCAUGCAAGCUGUCCUCCUGCCCUGCAGGUGAGUCAUUCCAUGAGAUGGGAUGGCAGACGUCACGGGCCUUGUGCUUGUGGUGGUAUCUGUGGUUCCGGGCAUACGUUGGAAACCACAUGCCACUGCCAGUGUGGCUUGGUAGGCUGGACCACUGCCCGCUGCUGCCACCUGACCUGA